AGUAAUGCUCCACAAAAUGGCACUAAAUUCCCCCUCAUAUGGCAAUGACUAGUGUGUUUGAAUUCGAGAAUGUUUUCCAUGGCAUACCGCACUCUCCUUCAUCUUUCUCAUUCCCAUGCUGCCAAACUCACACUCCCCAUCUCUUCCUUCUUCUCUACCCACUGCUGCCGCCGCCUUUCCCCCACAUUUCCGCCGCAAGCUCCGCCGUUCCCAAAGAAGGUCCCUUUCACAGUGUCGGUUCACGGCAGGACAUGGCAGGACCCAUAUCACUGGAUGUCCAACACCGACGAUCCUCAUCUGUUGGAACAUCUCAACCGCGAAAAUAGCUAUGCCGAUUCCUUCAUGGCUGAUACCCUCAAACUCCGCUCUCAAUUGUCUUCUGAGAUGAAAACACGAUUACCUCCUUCUAUUUGCACCCCUCCUGAGCGUUGGGGACCCUGGUUGUAUUAUCAAUACAUUCCAGAGGGAAAGGAAUAUCCUGUGUUGUGUAGGAAGUUGGAAACAGAGAGAAGUGGUUGGUUGAAUUCAUUUUUGCUUCGCCAUGGAAUGGCAGGAUCGAAAAGAGACGAGGUUUUGCUUGACUGGAAUGAACUCGCAGAGAAAUAUGGGUAUGUCCAUGUGGGAACAUGUCGAGUUUCACCUGAUCAUAACUACCUGGCGUACACAGUUGAUAUUUCUGGUGGUGAACGGUUUGUGCUUCAGGUUAAAGACCUUAGAAGUGGAUUACUUGACCCAAAAGUAGAAGUUGACGGUGUUGUUAGCUUGGUUUGGGCUCGAGAUGCAACUUCUCUUUUUUAUACUCAAUCGGAUGAAAACCAGCGACCUUACAGGGUUCUCUGCAGAAAACUUGGAUACGAUCUUGUAAAUGAUCUCCUGGUAUUUAUUGAAAAUGAUUCCAGUUAUUGUGUCGACAUAACAAGCACAAAGGAUGGCAAGUUCAUAACUGUGAAUUCAAACUCAAGGACUUCAUCUGAGGUUUAUGUUUUAGAUUCCGCCAAUCCAAUGGAUGGUUUACAAAGACUAUGUAAACGUACUUCUGGAGUACAGUACUUUGUAGAACAUCACUCUGGUUUGUUUUAUAUUCUUACUAAUGCUCCUUUGCCUGAUGGUCAAUGGUCUGGUGAAGAGUAUUACCUUGUUAGAUGCCGAGUUGAAGAUAUAGAGUCACCUAAAUUGCAGAAUAUCAUCCUUCCUGAUAAAGAUACAAACCUAUGUGAUAUGGACAUCCUUAAUGGCCAUCUGGUUCUUUUCCUCAAUAAGAAAGGUCUUCCUUUGUUAUGUUCCUUGAACUUACCUUUCCCAAUUGAAUUCAAGAAUCAAGUAUAUAUUCAAGACCUGAAACCGUGGUACUUUCCUAUGCCAUCAAAUACAUGCAGUGCUGUUCCUGGUUCCAAUCACGACUUCCUGAAUGCGGUUUACCGCGUGGUGCUUUCAUCACCUGUGAUGCCAGAUGUUAUUGUUGACUAUGACAUGUCAACACAGACACAUUCCAUUGUGCAUCAAGAGGAAGUGAAUUGUGAUUCUGUUUGUCAGUCGCGCAUCGCACCUUUUGAUCUAAUUAGUAAUAAAACUCAAGAGGCAUGUAGUGAUAAGAAAACGUGUGCCUCGGAUUCUGACACACGGACAUGGAAGGACUUUUCAGAAGUAUACUGUUGUCAGAGAGAGGAAGUUGUUUCCCAUGAUGGGGUAAAAGUUCCACUAACCAUUGUGUACUCUAGGAAAUUCUGGAAGAAAGGUCGAAGCCCAGGACUUUUAGUAGGCUAUGGAGCAUAUGGAGAAGAUCUUGAUAAGAGCUGGUGUUCAGAUCGCUUGAGUUUAUUGGACCGUGGUUGGGUAGUGGCAUUUGCUGAUGUAAGAGGUGGUGGCGGUGGAGGUCCUUCAUGGCAUAAAUGGGGGAGUGGACUAAACAAACACAAUUCAAUAUCUGACUUUGUAUCUUGUGGAAACUACCUGGUAAAUGAGGGUUAUGUCCACAGAGACCAACUUGGUGCUAUUGGAUCGAGUGCAGGCUGCUUUCUUGUUGGUGCAGCUAUGAAUAUGUGUCCACAACUCUUCCGUGCCGCCAUAUUAAAGGUACCAUUUCUUGAUGUAUGCAACACAUUGUUGGAUCCCAGUCUGCCCCUCACAAUCCUGGAUUAUGAAGAAUUUGGAAAUCCUCAAACUCAGUCAAACUUCGAUUCAAUUUUUAGUUUAUCUCCUUAUGAUAACAUUCCUCGAAGUUGUUGCUUUCCUUCAGUUAUGGUUACAGCAGCAGUCAAUGAUUCAAGGGUUGGAGUUUGGGAAGGUGCUAAGUGGGUAGCGAAAGUACGAGAUAGUACCUGCUCGCAAUGUUCUCGUGCUGUUAUUAUGAAAACAAGUAUGAUAGGUGGACAUUUUGGUGAAGGUGGUCACUAUGCUCAGUGCGACGAAACAGCUUAUGAAUAUGCGUUCUUCAUGAAAGCAUUCGGAAUGUUAAACGAAUAAGUUAUUUUAUGAGGCCAGCCUAUUUUUUAAUUAGUGGAAGACUUGUCAAAGAAAAAAAAGGAUUUGCUAUUUUGAUCUUCCAUUGUCUUUCUUUGAAGUGACUUCCUAUUUAUCAUGAGGAAAACUUCUUAGGCGAGGUGCAGAGAUCUUGGAGGAUGUAAACUGACUUUGAUUGUUCUUUUACGAGAACUGAUUUAUUUUGAUGCCAGAAAUUAAAGCUUUCAUGACCAACUAGCAAGAAACCGUUCUACGUGGGUAUUUUAUGUCUCGUUCAAAUUUCAAAUAAAAAUUUAAUAUAUGUAUAACUGAUAAAUAUUUGUUUUUUUUUUAUUUAUCUUGUAUUU